AUGUUCUCUUCAAAUUUUGAGGGUCCUCUUCUGCGCCGCUCCAUCCCAUUCGUGGAGCGCUGGAUCGCCGAGCUUGUCGCCGCAAGAGAAGCGUCCCUCGGCGGCACGAAGAAGAAUGCAACACCGGAAGAAGCCCCACAAGCGGUCGGCGUAAAGGGAUCGAAAAAGUAUGGGAAGGCUGCCACUGUCGCUGCUGCUGCUGCUGCGGAGGAGGAGGAGGCAUCUGGCAGCAGUAUGUCCAAGUGUCACUUUGUGAUCGGCAAGGUACUUGAUGUGCGUCCACACCCAGAGAGCACGAAGUUAUACAUUGAGGAAAUUGAGCUUGGCGAGCAGGCGGGGGGACGUCGCACCAUCCUUAGCGGCCUGCAAGAGUACGUUAAGCAGGACGAGUUUAUAAACCGUCUGGUGCUUGUCAUUGCGAAUCUGGAGCCGCGAAAGAUCGGCGGUAUUGUUUCAGAAGGCAUGGUGCUUUGCGCCUCGCGUACAGAGGGCAACACGCGGGAUGUCAAGUUAUUGGAAGUGCCAGCCGGUACACCCGUCGGCGAACGUGUUGUGUUUGACGGUCACGACGGGCCGUUUGUGCCGGUUCUGAAGAAAAAGUUGGCGAAACACUUUGAAAAGGUGGCGGUUGACCUCAAGACGAAUGAAAAGGGUGAGGUAGUGUGGGGUGACAUGCCGUUUCGUACGAGCCACGGCAUCAUUACGGCACCCAUACCGAAUGGGGUCGUGUCAUGA